AAAAUACUGUACUCGAGGCUGUGAUCAGAAGUGUUAGUCAGUGCGCAUGCGAGGUAGCGGAAUACUGGAGAGGAUGACGGAUUCCGGGAACGAAGAGGUAGCAGUGAUCGGAAAUACCGACCUUACCGCCGCCGACCUACACAACAACACAAACAACACGAUGACGGAAGAAGGGGUGCCUCUGCUGAAGAAAAUGGAGAUAAGUGUUUCAGAGGCAGAGAAAAGAACAGGGAAGAAUGCAGUGAACAUGCAGGAGAUCUAUACGGUCUACCUAAUCGAAACACGGCCAGUCGACGCCAUAACUGAAGGGCCGAGCGCGGCCCCAGACUCUCUCUGGAGGAGAUACAGUGAAUUUGAGCUGCUGAGGAACUAUCUAUUAGUUACUUUCCCGUACAUUGUAGUACCUCCAUUGCCUGAAAAACGGGCAGAAUUUGUCUGGCACAAGUUGUCGGCAGAUAACAUGGAUCCUGAUUUUGUGGAAAGGCGGCGAAUUGGGCUGGAGAACUUUCUGCUCCGCGUUGCUUCACAUUCUGUUCUCUCGAAAGACAAGAUAUUUUACCUUUUUUUAACACAGGAUGAUGGCUGGAAAGAUGUGGUGUAUGAUACAGGCUUUCAGGCAAAGGCUGACUCCAGGUUGAAAGCUCUGAAUGCUACCUUUAGAGUAAAGAAUCCUGAUAAAAGAUACACAGAACUGAAACACUACAGUGAUGAAUUGCAGUCAGUCAUAUCGCAAUUGCUUCGAGUCAGAGCUAAAGUAGCAGACCGUCUGUAUGGGGUAUACAAAGUUCAUGGAAAUUAUGGAAGAGUGUUCAGUGAAUGGAGUGCCAUAGAGAGAGAGAUGGGGGAUGGGCUGCAGAGUGCUGGUCACCACAUGGACGCGUAUGCUGCUUCAGUGGAUGAUAUACUGGAAGAAGAGGAGCACUAUGCAGAUCAGCUAAAGGAGUAUCUUUACUAUUCUGAAGCCCUAAGGGCGGUUUGCAGGAAACACGAGCUCAUACAGUACGAGUUGGAGAUGGCUGCUCAAGAUCUUGUCUCCAAGAAGCAGCAGCGUGAAGAGUUGGCAACCGGGACUGUGAGGACAUUUUCCCUGAAAGGAAUGACCAGCAAGUUGUUUGGACAGGAGACCCCAGAGCAAAGAGAGGCCAAGUUAAAAGUCUUAGAGGAACAAAUAGUUGAGGGGGAGGAGUUGGUGAAGACCAGCAACGCAGAGUGCGAUGAAUAUGUACGGAAUGCUUGGGUAGACAUCGAUCGCUUUAAAGAGCAGAAGAACCAAGACCUAAAGGAGGCCCUUAUCAGCUACGCUGUGAUGCAGAUUAGCAUGUGUAAAAAGGGGAUUCAAGUAUGGACCAAUGCUAAAGAGUGUUUCAGCAAGAUGUGACGCUGAUUCCAAAUCCUGUAACUUCAGAGGAGCAACAAACCACAGAAGCAAAGCCAAUGAUUACGGACACCGAGAAAAUGUUGAUGAAAUAACACAAGACCUUUUCAAGUUGAGCACAGUGGAUCUUAUUUAACGUGAUUGGUCCAAAUUGUUUAUUUCAGAAAAAUUAUAAUUUUUUACAAUAAGAUGAAAUCAUGUUUUAGUACCCAAUUUUUUCCAUAGUUUGUUUUUUUUUGUGCACGUUUUCUGAGGUUUGUAAAGAAUGUAGUUUUGGUUGAAAAUGUUUCCCUCAGAAUGGUUUUGGACUGCAUACAUAUUUAAGUACAUGGUUUCCAUCAUUUUUAAAUAUGAAAAAAGUUGUUUUGAUAUGUACUUAUGGUCUUAAUGAUGUUUUGAAUCCAGUGGUUUAACGUUGACAACCUAUGCAAAAGACGUUGAACAGUGCUGUUUAUGAUUGACAGCUAACCCAAAACACACAAUGAACUACUUCACAUUUCAGUUAAAACUGAUGAGGAUUUGACAGAGAUAGCCAUUACACUGUACUGUUGCGGCUUACUCCUGAUGUUUUUAAGAAGUGUUUAAAACUUUUUACACGAUUGAAAGAAGUGCUGAAGGUGUGUUUUUUCCAAUAAACCACACACAAGUCUUGCCAAAGUAGCUGGCUUCCAAACACUCUUGAAAUAAUCAUUUUUAUUGCAAGCACAGUAUGUUCAUGAGCACGCAUCGCUGUCGGGGUGUUGCAAGCUGGAACAAAAUCUUGGGACUGUUUUCCUUUUUAUCAUGGGAGUGUCCUACUUCCAAAGGAUACGUCUCAAUUCACUUUUUAAACAUGGGUUAUAUGUUAGACCCAUAUAGACAUAACCCAUCAGGCAUACCAGGGUGCAAUAAAUAAAGAAUUAAAACUGACUGUAAAUGCCAACUUCACAAGAGAACAAACAUAGAAAGAGACUGAUGCCACAGAGCUACGCCUUAAAAAUACAAUGUAGAUAUUUUAUUUGAUGCAGUUUGAUUGCCUCUGCUAAAUACAACUGGUGCCUGCUUUUGUUUUGUUUUUUGUUUUUUGUAUCUUUUGUCCAGACUUCAAAGUUAGCACUUAUUGUCCUGCCUGAUUUUGUAGAUAGUUGUAGUCAAUUAGACAAGGGAAAGAAUGUGUACAUACGUUGUAAGCAUUGUGCCAAAAAUGAUAAGGAAUAAAGCUUCUAAAUUGUCAGAUUUAGCUUUUUUGUGAAAAUGUACAAGAUGGUUAAAUUUAUAUAUAAUAACUACUGUCAUAUCUUCAUGAAUAAAAAUGAAUAUUAAAAUACA